CCAGCGCUCGUGGAAACGGGCAGAAACAGGAUUCCAUAACCCAUCCAAUUCGAUCAUACUCAUACCACACUCAUCCCUCGGCUACAGAAUUUUCUCUACCUCGUGCUAGACUAAUGAUAUUUGGUAUUAUGCAUGCGUGUAAUAUUGGUAAUAUCGGUAGCAUGAUUCAUAGCAGUUAGGUUAUUGUUUUGGUAUUAAGGUAUUUGCUACUUUUAAUUUAACAAGUGUACGAAAAACUUAAUUUGAAAGUCGGAAAAUUGUCUCUGGAAAAUCGCUAUCACUAUGACGAACAUUUCGAAAAGUAAAAGGUCUUCGGUGAAAUUCAAGAGCAUAGACGUUCAUGAUGAAUUUUUAAAUCGAAUUAAACAAUCGCUUUAUUAUACCAAGUUACCGAGGACGGAUUGCCUCAGUUUGCCAGUAACAGAACUUGCUGCAGAGUUAUUUACGGAAGUUCGAGGUGGUCACACUCUGAAACGUCUGGAUGUCGAAGAAGCGAGCCGUGUAUCACGGAAUGCUUGUGUUUCCCCUUGCUCGCUUGUUCUAGCGCUGUUGUAUCUUGAACGAUUGAAGGACUGCAAUCCUGAAUAUCUACAGCAAGUGGCUCCAUCGGAGCUUUUUCUAGUCACUCUGAUGAUAGCCAGCAAAUUUUUGCACGACCGGGGAGAAGAGGAUGAGGUUUAUAACAUCGAAUGGGCUCAAUCAGGCAAUCUGACUCUUUCUCAAGUUAAUCGUCUGGAAAAAGAAUUUCUUAAUGCAAUUAAUUGGUCCGUCUAUGUGUGCCAGCAAGAGUUUUGGGACCGUUUAAGAAGAUUGGAAAGAGAUGUGGCAUAUAAGGAAGCGAGCAAACGAGGCUGGUUCUCAUAUGGAGAACUAUGCUGCUUAGUUGACUCGGUUCGAUUGCUGGAUGUUGUUCUGACUGUGGUUAAUAUGUCAUCGAUAUGCCUUGCAACAUAUGCAGCAGGAGUAGUUACCCUCUUAGGAUCUGCACUGGUCACCAGUCAAAUACCAGGAAGUUUAUUUACGCCAAAACAGUCUGUUCAAUUGACCGACGCUCUGGAGACAAAAUUAAUUCCGAUUUUGGAAACUGAAUUGCCGAAAACGUAUGCCAUACCCUCUGAUGACUUGCCAAUAGACUUUUUAUUCGCUUCAUUGGAUUACAAUGAUACAUGCCCGAAUUGCAUAAUAGAAACUCAAAAUGCUACAGGAUGGGAGUGGUGGCUAAAUUCAGUUAUGACUUGGUUGCCCGUGUUCUCGGCAUUGGAAUCAAAAUCGGAUUCUUCUAUUGAGGAUAAGUUAAAUAGAAUUAAUAUGCUUGUCACAAAUGCCAGAUCUAUUUCUGAAUCUGUUGUUUAUGUGCAAGACCCUGUCACCAUGACAGUGGAGCUUAAUUGGAAGCAAACUCCUGAUUUAGAUUUCAAAUUUCCCUUACGGGACUGGCGAUACUAUAUGACUUAUGUCACAAAGAUUUCUCUUGGACCCAGGCGCUAACGUUGGAGUUGGUGACAGACUAAUAUCAAGCAGCCAUACCUCUUAGAACUAAUAAUUGUGGUAGAAGAGACGUACUGUCAAGUGUAUAUUUUUUGUACUUACUUUUACUCGACAAUUUUCCGUCUCUAGUAACUAUGUGCUAACUUUUUCAGUAAAGUAAUCGCAACGAUGAUUAAGAAAAUAAAAAGAAACAUGUGAAAA